CAUUCACUUUUUCGCCAAGUUCGUAUUUUCUGUAAUAGUUCAUAAAGAACCAAGAGUGUAGUUUGAAAUUUUCCGAAAAUGUUCCAGUUUAUUGUGCAAUUAAUCCAGACAAUUUUAAAAUAUUUUCUCGCAUUUUUUGGCGAUAAUGCGGUGUCGUAUAACCGGCAAGCGUCACCAAACGGUGCGAAAAUCGUGCCGAAAAGUGUAAAUUAUCACUUCACCAGAGUGUGUAAUUACGAGUGCGGAUUUUGUUUUCAUACGGCGAAAACGUCGUUUAUGUUGCCCAUCGAUGUGGUGAAAAGGGGUCUUUUGAUGCUAAAACAAGCCGGUAUGGAAAAAAUCAACUUCAGUGGUGGAGAACCGUUUCUACCAAAACGCGGUAAACAUUUGGGCGAAAUGGUGGAGUACUGCAAGAAAGUAUUAAACCUCUCAGUGUCGAUUGUGUCCAAUGGGUCACUAAUAACCGAAAAGUGGUUCCAACAGUACGCCCAAUACGUGGAUAUUCUGGCAAUAUCUUGUGACUCUUUUAAUGAGGAUACUAAUAAGUUAAUAGGCAGACACCAGGGAAACAACCGAAACCACAUUAAACAAUUAGGAAAAAUCAAACAGUGGUGUGCCAAAUAUGAUGUUUUAUUCAAAAUUAAUAGUGUCGUCAAUACUUACAAUAAAGACGAGGAUAUGGUGGAGGAGAUCCGGCAGCUAAACCCCAUAAGAUGGAAAGUCUUUCAAUGUUUACUGCUCGAGGGCGAAAACGCUGGUCCUGACGCCCUAAAAAACGCCGAAAAAUUUUACAUCGAUGACGCCACAUUCGAAUCAUUCAUCCAGAGACACAAAUCACUCGAAUGUAUUGUUCCAGAGUCAAACAAGAAGAUGCAGAACAGUUAUUUGAUUCUGGACGAAUAUAUGCGGUUCCUGGACUGCCAAAACGGCUCCAAAACUCCGUCCAAAUCUAUUUUGGAUAUUGGCGUGGAAAAUGCUUUAAAGUUUGCCGGUUUUGAUGAAGAAAUGUUUAAGCGACGUGGGGGCAUCUACAAGUGGUCCAAGGAAGCUAAUAAACUGUCUUGGUAGAGCUCCAAGCAGAGUUUAGCAGAGUUAUCGAUCAAACGUUAUGUAUUAUAUGAGGUUUUAAAUAAAAUAUAUAUUUUUUGCAUUAAAAAUUUUAA